GGGAGAGCUGCUGGUAGUUGGAAGGCAGUGAAACAAGCGAGAAGCCCGUGAGAGCAUCACACGAGGAGCUGGCCGUAUAAAAGGACUUCUGAGAGAAACCUGGUAUGGACAAACAGACUUUCGGGCAAAGGGACUGUUAUUUUUGCUUCUCACUGCAGAAAUAAAGGGUGCCAGCGAGGAGUGUUGUAUCAUGAAGGAUUCUUCCGUGGUCUUUUUGGUAUUGUUCUUCUCUUUCCCCUUGCACGCCGCACAGUGCUGAGCUUCUGCUGUGGAAUUAGAGUCUCUGCUACUCAGCCUCCUGUUCAGCCAGGAGGAAAAGGUCUUUCUCCCGUCCAUCUGUGCAGGCGCUUCUGUUUGAAUGGAAGAUAGAUCUUUUUGCUGAAACUCUUUUGUUGUGACAUUGCAUAAUAGGCAGUUGUCUCACUGCAGGAAAUAAAAGAAACUAAAGGAAAUAGAUGGAAGGAAAUUGUUCCCCAAAGCAAAACUGAAGCAGGGAAGAGAACAUCAAAAUCGUUUCAAGCCCUACCCAAGAUCUAGAAGACCACAAAUCUCCUAGCUCCAGAGGAAAAUACACUAUUACAAAAACUCCUCAGCAGUCUGUAACGAUGAGCAAUCGUGGUGUUUUGUCUGGAUGCUGCUGGUAAAGGAGAGCUUUGGAGGGACGUGCUGGCUCUGGCCUGUAUGAUGCCUGAAGACAGGAAUGCUGGAGUCCGCAGCCCAGGUGCCUUAGCAGCAGCUCCCUUCAUUCCCAAAACUACUUACAGGAGAAUCAAGCGGUGCUUUAGUUUCCGCAAAGGUAUUUUUGGGCAGAAGCUGGAAGACACUGUGCGGUACGAGAAGCGCUAUGGGAACCGCCUGGCUCCCAUGCUGGUGGAGCAGUGCGUGGACUUCAUCCGCCAGCGGGGGCUGAAGGAGGAGGGCCUUUUCCGACUGCCUGGGCAGGCCAAUCUCGUCAAGGAGCUACAGGAUGCCUUUGACUGUGGAGAAAAGCCUUCUUUUGACAGCAACACAGAUGUGCACACUGUGGCUUCACUGCUCAAGCUGUACCUAAGGGAACUCCCAGAACCAGUUGUACCAUAUGCAAAAUAUGAAGAUUUUCUUUCCUGUGCCAAAAUGCUCAGCAAGGAGGAAGAAACGGGCCUGAAGGAACUGGUGAAGCAAGUGAAGAGCCUGCCAGCUGUCAAUUACAAUCUGCUGAAAUACAUCUGUAGAUUCCUUGAUGAAGUGCAGUCGUAUUCAGGUGUAAACAAAAUGAGUGUACAAAACCUGGCUACAGUUUUUGGGCCCAACAUCCUGCGCCCCAAAGUGGAAGAUCCUCUGACUAUCAUGGAAGGUACAGUAGUAGUCCAGCAGCUCAUGUCAGUGAUGAUUAGCAAACAUGAAGAGCUGUUUCCCAAGGAUGUUGACCCUCAGAUGGGACCUGAGGUGUGCAACAACAACAAUGAAAUUCCAAAGAAAACCACUGCAGGGCAGCUACAGAACAAAGAGAACAACAAUACCAAGGAGACGGCAGUGAGGCGCUGCUCGUGGGACACACCCGAGUCUCCCCAAAGGGGAAGCAUGGACUGUGAGUCUCCAACUGCUCUGCCAGGCAGCAAGACAAACAGCCCCAGGAACAGCAUCCAGAAACCAGAUGUCACCAGGAGCCCGCCACUCAUGGUGAAAAAAAAUCCUGCUUUUAAUAAAGGUAGCGGCAUAGUCACCAACGGGUCCUUCAGCAGCUCUGUGGAGGGCCCGGAGAAGAGCCAGGCGGUCCCAAACUGCUCCCUGCAAGCCAGGAGAACGUCGUCCCUGAAAGGGCCGGUGACCAAGAUGGGCACCCACAGCGUGCAGAACGGCGGGGUGCGCAUGGGCGUGUCCAGCACGGACGGGCAUGGCAACAGCCUCGGCAGCCGCAGCCCGGGCUGGGCGCCCAAUGGCUACGUCACCCUGAGGGACAACAAGCAGAGGGAGCCAUCGGUGGCCGAGUCAGGCCAGCACAACAGGCUUUCCACCUAUGACAAUGUCCACCAGCAGUUCUCCAUGGUGAACUCUGAUGACAAACAGAGUGUGGACAGUGCCACCUGGUCCACGUCCUCGUGUGAAAUAUCCCUCCCUGAGCACUCCAACUCCUGUCGCUCAUCCACCACCACCUGCCCUGAGCAGGACUUUUAUGCGGGUAACUUCGAAGACUCUGUGCUGGAUGGGCCACCCCAUGAAGAGCUCUCUAACCCGGGUGACUAUGAGAACAAAAGUGACAGGAGGAGUGUGGGGGGCCACAGCAGCCGAGCCACCAGCAGCAGCGAUAACAGUGAAACAUUUGUGCCCAACAGUACCAACAACCACAGUGCUUUGCACAGCCUGGUGUCCAGCUUGAAGCAAGAAAUGGCCAAGCAAAAAAUAGAAUAUGAGACAAGGAUAAAAAGCCUGGAGCAGAGAAAUCUCACCCUGGAGACUGAAAUGAUGGCCCUGCACGAAGAGCUGGAUCAAGAGCGGAAGAAGUUCACAAUGGUAGAAAUCAAAAUGCGUAACGCAGAGCGGGCGAAGGAGGAUGCAGAGAAGAGGAAUGAUAUGUUGCAGAAGGAAAUGGAGCAGUUUUUCUCUACUUUUGGGGAAUUGACAGUGGAGUCUCGCAGACCAGAAAGAGGCAACACCAUCUGGAUCCAGUGAGCUGUGGAAGCAUAGGCUGUGGGACUUGAGGAAGGGCUUGGGGGUAUUAUACUGUAUCAGGUGGCUGGUCACCUGUCUGAGGCUAGUACUCAACAAAAUGUUACAAACCCUUGAAGGAGGAAAUCAUACAUACAUUAAGCAGUCAUAUCUACAGUGUGUACUUACCAAGUUAUACUCUUUGAAUGCUUCAUGAGACUACUGUCAAGUGUUACAACUGGAUAUGUGUAUAUAAAUUUAAAAACCACCUUAUAGCAAGAGAUGUAUCUGAAGAAAUAUUUUAAUGCAAGUCUUGUAUUUAAACUGUUAAAUUGAGAUGUUGUUGCAAUCAAGCUUUAUAUAAAGGCUUUUCUCCCUUGCACUUAACAUAAUAAGCUAUUUUUGGCAUUGUGUUACCAUCAGCUUAUUUUGUAUAUCAAAUGGGUUUUUUUUGUUUUUGUUUUGUUACCCCUUUUGCUGGGGAGUGAAGAUAAACAGAUAUGUUAAGGUAAAUGUGUGGAUGGUUAGCCCUGAUUUGCGUCGCUUCCAAAUGUAGCAGGAUUGAGAAACUGAAGUAUGACUGAAGUAUGCCACAGGAAAAAUAAAGCAAUACUGCUUUCACAGAAUUGAUGGCCAGGGGACCAAGUUCUAGGGCACCCCAUUGUUAAAUAACAAGUGAGGAUAUGAAGUUAGCCUGGACUGGGGACAGUGACAGAGGGGUAAACAGCUGCUUGGGAACAAAGAACUGCUUGCUGUUUGGGAGCAAAGAUGAGUGACCGAAUAAGAAGUUGGGGAAAGGGGGACUUAAGGAGAAGUUCAUCACAUGACCAGAGUUUUUGGUGUAACUUUAAGAAGCCCUGUGCCUCAUCACUGCAGUUUAGAGCAGGGAUAUAAAUCAGUUAUUCACACCAUAUUUGCAUCUGACUUACCUCUGCACUCUGGGUGAAGGUAAGUCCUUUUUGUAGUGCUGGUGAAGGCUCACACAGGGAGGUUUAACUGGGGAUUCUGGUAACCUUAUCGGUGUGAUGGGUAUAAAAAAAAAUAAUAAAAUAAAUGUCCAUGGUAGAAGCUACUGGGGCAGCUGGCAACAAAUAGUAAAUAAGGAAGAAAACACACCAACAUAUUCACCACUUGUAUUUACAGUGUAUAUUAACAAGUUAUCACACUGUCAUGAAUGCUUCAAGAGAUUAUUGUCAAGUGUUACAACUGUGAAAGUUCCAGGCUCUCGGCAUCACCAGGGGAGCACCUAGAGGGAACAGCCUGGAGCGUCACAGCAGGCAGAGUGCCAGUGGAAAAGAAACAGCAGAGCCAUCCUGUAAAUUAAUAACUUGUUUGGCAUCUUUAAACACAGUAAGUAUAACCUGUAUUUUCUACACCAUGUUAAGGAUGUUUGGUUUUAACUUAGGGUUUAGGGCUGCAAGCAGUACUAUUAGGGAGGGUUGUUGAGACAUCUUGGCUUCCCUCUAGUGUCUCUUAAAUAUAUUGCAAUUAGUUUUUAAUUCCAGCUGAAAAAGAAUGAUUUAGGUGCCUUCAAAGAACCUUCUUCGUUAUAGUAUGGAUAUUAAACAAGUAUUAAUUGGGUGUGGGAAUUAAACUGGGAAGCAAACUGGGAAGUUUUAAAUUUCAGAGAAAUAUAGAGCAUUACAUGUGGUAUUAGUGGACACAUUGUUUGUGUGUGGUGAGGUUCAAAGUCCUGUCAGGGCAGCUGCUGUAUUGAUUGCUGUGAACAUGUCCAGUGCAGCUACAAUCUGUGUAUAAAUUGGGAAAAAUCAGACAGGGAGAGAUCAAUGUAUGAGUUGCAUGUUUUACAUCAGUUAGCAGCAAUCACAACGUGUAGCCACAAUGGUGAGAGAAGGAAACAGAUUCCUAUGUUAAUUCUGUUUUUUUAAAUUGGAUGAGAGACCUUGAUAACUGAUGCAGUAGGCUUCACAAUUUUAGCAGUAUCUGACAUCUGUUGACAUGAUAUCAAAGUCUUUGAGAUAAGUAUUUUCUUAACUGGAAUUCCUUUAUUUACAGUAGAUGUACACAGUAGUGAAUGCUUCUAUAAAACCUUGUGUUAGGCAAGAUUUGUCUGUUUGUUUGAAGCUUACCUUCAUGUUUCAAAAGGUAUUUCAUACAGUUCCUCAAAGAAUGUUCAAAUACCAGUUACAUGGCUAAGUACUGACACCCAAAUUUCCUGCUUUGAAGUCCAGAACAAGACUUCACUGUCUUGCAGAAGUCAUCUAUGCAGAGGGGGAACUUAAGCAGGCACAGCAAACUUAGAAAAUACCAUUGACAGCAG